AAGAGAGAGAGAGAGAGAGAGAGAGAGAGAAAGAGAGAGGGACCUGCGCUCAGCUCUCAGUGGAAGUUGAACUCGAAUCUAGUUCGGAAUAUUUUGUUCAUUUUCCCUUCAAUAAGCUGACUGUAAUAAACAGAGGUCGCCCAGCCGAUCACAGCACAACACAUACAGCCUUUCAGAUAAAUCGCCAUGCCGUUUGGCUGUUUAAUUUUUGGAGAGAAGAAGGAUUAUAGUAGUCCUGGUGAGGUCACUGACAAAUAUGACCUGGGGCAGAUGGUCAGAUCGGAGGAGUUUUGUGAGAUUUUUCGAGCGAAAGAGAAGAACACACAGAAAAUGUACACCUGCAAGAAAUUCCUAAAGAAAGAUGGGAGGAAAGUGCGAAAGGCUGCAAAGAAUGAGAUACUUAUCUUGAAGAUGGUGAAGCAUCAUAACAUCCUCCAGCUGGUCGAUGUCUUUGAGACAAGAAAAGAGUACUUCCUCUUCCUGGAACUAGCUACAGGCAGGGAGGUCUUCGACUGGAUCUUAGACCAGGGCUACUAUUCGGAACGUGACACUAGCAAUGUUAUCAGACAAGUGCUUGAAGCUGUGGCUUAUCUUCACUCUCUCCGCAUUGUGCACCGCAACCUGAAGCUGGAAAAUCUUGUUUACUACAAUCGUCUAAAGCACUCUAAAAUCGUCAUAAGCGAUUUUCACUUGGCCAAACUGGAGAACGGACUCAUUAAAGAGCCUUGUGGAACUCCUGAGUACCUUGCUCCAGAGGUAGUCGGCAGACAGCGAUACGGCAGACCUGUGGACUGCUGGGCCAUCGGCGUGGUCAUGUACAUCCUACUGUCAGGAAACCCACCUUUUUAUGACGAGGGUGAUGAUGACGAUGACGACAGUAAUGACAAGAACAUGUUCCGGAAAAUUCUGUCAGGAGACUAUGAGUUUGAUUCACCGUACUGGGAUGAUAUCUCAGAUUCUGCCAAAAGUCUAGUUGCAUCUUUAAUGGAAGUGGAUCAAGACCAAAGACUGACUGCACAGGAGGCAAUCAGCCAUGAGUGGAUAUCUGGGAAUGCUGCAUCUGACAAGAAUAUUAAAGAUGGUGUGUGCGCUCAGAUUGAAAAGAACUUUGCCAAAGCUAAAUGGAAGAAAGCAGUCCGUGUGACCACUUUAAUGAAGAGGCUCCGAGCUCCAGAGCAGAGUGACUCUGGGGCCUCGAGCCCAGCUUUAGGAGCAACUGCAGGAUCUGUGACUCUGAGCAACACGACGGUUGCCAUGGCUUCAACCACUGAACCUCCCUGCAGCACUGUUGAGCUUCAGGAAAUAAGAGAAGAAGCUCCCGCACGGUGUAAUGGAGAGAUUCCUGCUCCUCUGCAACUGAGUGUAGAGACCAGAGAAGAGCAGAAUGGCUAACAUGGAUGUACACAAAGGCAGACACGCACAUUGUAGAAAGGAAGACAUAUUGAAAAAUCACUGGUUGAGUGAACCAAUCUUGUUGAGAGCCAUUUAAUCAUUCUCAUUUUGUUUUGCAUAUCCUUCCCUGUUUGUAUGUUGUUGUUUUUUUUAAUUAUUUAUUAUAUAUACACAGCAAAUGCAUUAUAUUUAACAUGAAGCAUUAUUUCAUGUUCGGUUAUGUCCUAAGUAUGUAAAAAAAAUUAGAGAAACUGUAAAGAAAUAAAAUACAAUUAGAAGCAUCGUUCAUAUUUAAUUGGACGUAGGGGCAAACAAACCUCGUAAAUGAAUCAUUGCAAACAAAUUAUUUAAAUGCCUAACUGCAUAAGAUUGACCUCUAGUAAGGUUUGAACUUUGCUGAAAAAUUACUGAAGAAUUUCCUAUUAAUUUAAUGUAACUAUAAUAUUAAUGUAAUUGUAAUGUUUUAUUAUUUCGUCUAAAAGUGAACAUCUUUCCUUCCGAUGUUUGAGAAUAAAUCACCUUUUACUGUCUUGUGACUCAAAACCCAAACAUAUAGCGUUCUUACUGAUGUAAAAUGCAAAACUGCUUUAGAAAUAAUAACAGGGGUUACAGUGACGUGUGGUAAUGACUCUUAUUUAAUAAUUUGAUGUCUUUUAAAGCGUAAACAUGAACAAUCCUUAAUACGUUAUUUCUUGCUGUACAAAUUGCCUUUUACUCUGUUCAUGUUAAUGCCUUUCUCUGUCUUUGUGGCAUUUACUCUUAUUGGGCCUCAUUUUUCAGAUUAGAUGUAUAAAUUAUACAUUUAUGUUAAUCAUGAAAAGCCAAUUAGAUCAGAUAAAAAUUUAUGCCUAUAAAGAGACAUAAAUCAAGAUUGUUUAGUUUCAACGUUUGGGUUUUUCAUUUCAAUUUCAUGCAGAAAAUUUCAUGAUGAUUUUUAUGUUUUUGUGAAAGAAAGCAAUUCGACAACAAAUCCAAAAAUGAAGACAUUAUAAAAUUAGCAGUUGAUUUAGGACAAAUGAAAUUGCAUGCUAUAAAAAGAGGAAGAGUUAACGUAUGUAUAAGGUGGGCAACACUCUGCGGUGGCUGAGCUGCAUUACUGGAAGAUUGAUUUAGCACACAUCAUAACUAGGAAGUGCUCUUUUGCUAUUUGGACAGUAAUUUCAGCUCUCUGAGCUUUGUCAAUAAAUGUAGGUGUGACAUCCUUUGGUAAUUUGGUGAUUGUCAUUUAAUAAAAAUCCACACAUGAGAAAAUCAAUGUUACUAAAACAUUUGCAAAUCUGUCCAGAAUUCUUUAAACACAUUUACCAAAAGACUGAUAAAUGAUGCCCAUUUCAUGUGCCAUUAACUUAGUGUAUGUCUGACUUUCAAAGAGGCUAGAUGUCUCUCAGUAGAGCUAAUUGCUAAUCAAAAUGAAAUAUGUGCAUGGGUCCUUACUGAUAUUGAUGUUUUGUAAUGAAUUUGUUCUGUACACAUAAACCUUCGUCUUCACAUGUACUUUAUAUUUUCUUAAUGAGGUUCAAAUGCCAAAUUCAAUCAAGCCUUUACUAUUAUUAUAAAAAUAGUCUAUUAUAAAUAAAAAAAUCUAAGACAUUUUGCCAAAUAGAUAAAACAUAGCAUUGGACUUAAAAGAUUUGAAUACUAGUUCAGUAAUUAAAUACUAGUUAAUAUAAUUGGUGUCUUCACUACCAUGUACACUUGGAUCAAACAGUCGACGCGUUGACUUAAGACCUGGUUUGAUUGAAUUUGACCAUAAAUGAUAUCAAAAGUAUAAACAUAUGUUUGUUGUUUAGAUGUUGUAGAUAUUUGUACUGCAUUUCAGAGAAAAAUGCACAAUAUACUGAAUACAAUAGUAAUUGUUUAGUUAGUCAAACAAAAAUCCAUCAGUGGGUUGUUAACUGAUUCUGUUUAAUGUGCAGUACAAACUGAGCAAUAUCUCUAUUGCUGUGAUACUGUGAAACUGCCAUACUGGUGAUGUGGAGGGCAACUUGCCAAAAUUCAUCCAGAUUGUUGAGCAAUUUACAUCAUCAUUUCACGCUUCAGUGUUUUCUUCCUUAUUUCUACUUUAGGACGUUAUUGCACUUCACAAUGAGUUUGUUUUUAUUUAAUAAAACAUUUGUUUAACAGCUGAAUAACACUUUACCACAUUUUUGUGGACAUUUUAACCAGUCACUGAUUUUAUUAUUUGGUAGGGUUUAUUAUUAUUAUUAUUAUUAUUAUUAUUAUUAUUAUUUUACAUAUUAGUUUAACAUAUUUUAGUCUAUGCUCUGUUUGUGUUAAUGCGGAAACUAACACACUUUCAAUAGCAGACUCACCUUUAUA